UGAGCAAAAAAUCUGUAAGAGGGGCUGAGCUCUGCCAGAAGAGGAGGAGAAGGAAGCUCUCUGACUGAGUUCCUGGCUUCCCAGCACUACCGAGGAUUCUUGGGAAGAUUUUGGGACACAUGCCAGUGUCCCCAUAUCCCGUCCCUGUCAGAUUCCUAACAACCGACCAGCUAGACGGAAAGCCUGCAGAGCUGUCAAGGAACCUGCUGUACGGUCGCUGACUUUUUUUGGAUGGAAGAUUGUCCUGGAUCACAUGCUUGAAUCCUACCCAGAUCCUUUUUGAGGGUAUCUCAACCUCCUUAGUUCCAGGAUUAAAUGAAAGGAACUAAGAAGAUUUAUGCCAGAAGACGCGAGGGAAGUAUAUUUUUUGAAGGAUCUAAGCUAAAGCUCUGAAGACAUCAGCUUUGGAGAACCUUGACCAUGGAGAUCUUUGAUGGAACCAUGCAGCUGUCAAGAACAUGGUACUUGGGUGAUUUUUAUCAAUUGAGUUAAAUCCUGGAGGAGAAACCCUGAAGUGGUGGUCUGUCCAUGGUCACUCUUUGGAGGAAUGUGGUUUGCUUUUUGCUCAUGGGAGAAAUUAGCUUUUCCGCCGUCAUUGGGUGUCUUUGACACAAGGAAGAAGAACCUAGGGGUGUUGGAGUUCAAUGGCUAAAUCUAUAUGUGUCCUCAAGCAUCCACCUACAAAGAUGGUUGGAAACCUCUAGGGGUAGCUUGGAGCUUAGAGAUUGUACCUGUUGCAUUGACUCGUGUUGCACAUAACUGGGCAUGUAUAUGGACAAGAGCAACCUGAAAGGGCUCCAGCCCAAGAACCCGGUGCUUGUCAAGAGCCUCUCCUUGGAGCCAGCUCAUAUCUCGGUGCCCCCAGAAAAACCCCAGCGUCUCCGAUCUGACCCCGGAAACUCAGCUGACUGCAAUGGGAUCCCCCAAGAUCAACCCAGUCCCAAACCAGCAGCUCCCCGGCGCCCGCCGCAGACCAAACCCGAAGUUCCUCCAAAGCCCCCGCACCUCCAGAGCGUGAGAAGACCCCGGCCUCCUGGUCACAUCCCUCCACCCCCUUCGCGUCCACUGCCUGCAGAUCCUCGCCUUGCAAGGGUGUCCCUGCGCCACGAGAACAAGGAUGGGACACCCUCUGCAGUUACCUCCCUGAUUGAGAAAUUUGAAAGGGAGCCAAUCAUCCUGCCUGCCGAACGCAUCAGUCCGACCUACGACACCGACCCCGAAAUCAGCACCACCCCUUCCUUGCACCCUGGCUACACCAUGGGAGAUCUGGGAAACAAACUCCUCGAUUUACUGGAGCCGGAGACGUCCCAGUCAAGCCUGGAGAGAAGACGUAGACUUGUCGUAGGAGGGGGAGAUGCGGAGGAAAGGGGGGAGCAGGACUCUUUGGGGAAACUGGCAAACAGGGACAGCGGCAUUGACAGUAUCAGUUCUCCAUCCACCAGCGAGGAGAUGUGCUUCCUCGGAGAGGUGGAGGAGGGUGGGAGAGAAGAGAUGGAGCCCCCUCAUAUCACAGUACAGCACAGCUCACCUCGAGACUCGGAAGGUGACAGCGACAUGGAGGACGGUAGCGGUGGAGAAGAAGAACUGACUCCUACAAGACUGGAUCCAUGUGAGUUCACCGCCCGCCAGAAAGUUUAUAACAUCGCGAAUGAGCUGCUUCAGACGGAGAAGGCUUAUGUGUCCCGCUUACAUCUCUUGGACCAGAUGUUCUGCGCUCGGCUCAUGGAGGAGGCUACCACAAAGGGCUCAUUCCCUGGUGAAGUAGUUAUGGGCAUUUUCUCCAAUAUCUGCUCCAUCUACUGCUUUCAUCAACAGUUUCUGCUGCCCGAACUGGAGAAACGCAUGCAGGAGUGGGACAGCAACCCUCGGAUUGGGGACAUUCUACAGAAAUUGGCUCCGUUCCUUAAAAUGUAUGGCGAGUACGUUAAGAACUUUGACAGAGCCAUGGAAUUGUUGAACACUUGGACAGAGCGCUCAUCCCAGUUCAAAAGCAUCAUCCAUGAAGUGCAGAAGGAGGAGGCCUGUGGCAACCUGACAUUGCAGCACCACAUGCUGGGGCCUGUCCAGAGGAUUCCACGUUAUGAGCUUCUCCUCAAGAAUUAUCUCCAGAAACUGUCGGAGGAUUCCAGAGACCGGAGGGAUGCGGAAAAAUCCUUGGAUCUUAUUGCAACAGCAGCUGAGCAUUCGAAUGCAGCUAUAAGGAAAAUGGAAAGGAUGCACAAGCUCUUGAAAGUGUAUGAACUCUUAGGCGGGGAGGAAGAUAUCGUGAGUCCCACCAAUGAGCUGAUCAAGGAAGGGCAUAUACUUAAACUGUCCGCAAAGAAUGGGACCACCCAGGACCGAUACCUCAUACUGUUCAAUGACCGCUUGCUGUACUGCGUUCCAAAGUUGCGUCUCAUUGGUCAGAAAUACAGCGUGAGAGCGAGGAUCGACGUGGAGGGGAUGGAGUUGAAGCACAGCAGCAGCCCCAACCUCACCAGGACGUUCUUAGUGUCCGGAAAACAGCGUUCCCUGGAGCUACAGGCCAGAACCGAAGAAGAGAAAAAAGAUUGGAUCCAGGCAAUCGAAGCUACCAUGAGUCGCCACGAGCAGACAAUGGAGACUUACAAACUGCUGAACUCUACCCAUCGGGAAGAUGACGAGACGCCUCCGAACUCACCGGUAACUAUCGACAUGGUGGCUGCAGGUUACAACCUGGCACUUAGCUACAGGCCAGUGAUAUACAGGUGGCUAUCAUAUAAUCCAAUCUCAUUUGUUGUACAGAACACAGACUUGGGCAAGCGAGCCCCAACCCCAAUACGGGAGAAGGAGGUAACAAUGUGCAUGAAAUGCCAAGAAGCUUUCAAUUCCAUAACCAAAAGGAGGCAUCACUGCAAAGCAUGCGGACAUGUCGUCUGUGGGAAGUGUUCAGAGUUUCGUGCCAGACUCGUCUAUGACAAUAACCGAACAAAUCGUGUCUGUGUCGACUGUUACAGCACCCUGCAUGGUUCUGGGUCCAGCCCAGGGUACAACUCCCAUACACCGCAGCGGAGGAAGUCCAUCCUAGAGAAACAGGCAUCGGUGGUGGCAGAGCACAGUGUAAUGUGCAGUUAUAUGCAUUACAUGGAGAAGGGAGCCAAGAGCUGGCACAAGGGCUGGUUUGUCGUCCCGCAGAAUGAGCCCCUGGUCCUCUACAUCUAUGGUGCACCCCAGGACGUCAAGGCUCAGCGAAGCAUCCCUUUGAUCGGCUUUGAAGUGACCCCCACAGAACAGUGCGAGCGCUCUGACCGCAAGCACGUGUUCAAGAUCAGUCAGAGCCAGCUCAGCUUCUACUUCAGCCCAGAAACCGAGGAGCUGCAACGUCGCUGGGUGAACGCAUUGUCCCGAGCCGGCCGAGGGGAAGAUUGCAGCAGCAAAGAGCUACUUCUUGAGGCUGAAGAAGAGAAUGAUGGGACUGGGGACCCUUUUGGGGACACUUGAGGAUCGGAUCCACGCCGCCUCCCCCCCUCUUGUAGAUUCAUAAGGUUGGAAAUAAGACUUAUCCGUUCAUCGUCAACAGGGGAAUAUUAUGAGCGUGGGGCUAGAUUCGUUUUGUCUUGGCUUCACAUGGGGAGGGCUGGACUCACCCAUAGUACUUCCAUGUUCUGCAAAGGACCCCUUAGGAGGAGUAAAUGCUGUCCCAGAGGAUCACUGACAAACUGAACCUCUUCUGGGCCAGCUGAGAAGGAUGGGGCUGGAUCAACCCAUCAUCACCUGCAUAGGAAGGAGUCGGAGGGCUGGAUCGACCCUUUAACACUUCCUUCCUAGGUCACCAGAUGCUUCCGCACUUCUGAACUCAUUUUUACUUAAACCCAUCACCGGCACUUUCUCAUUUUUUUUUUUUUUUUUUUUAAAUAUGUUCUUAUAAUUAUUUUAAUAAUAUUUAGCAACACUUUUUUUUACAUUGUUCUUUUGCUUGUUCUGGGACCUUGGGUUCCUUCCUGUUUUAAAGUUUCUAUCAUUGUCAUUCCAAACUCCACGCCCCCGCAAGCCUGUGUCAGGAAUAGGGGCAGAGUCACGAAGCCAGUAGAGUCCCGUCGGUGGGAUUUCUAAUAAAGUGCCAUAAAACGGAGAAAGUGCUCAUUAGCAGAGAUGUGUGUACAGUGUCAUAUAACCCACCCUUCCUGUCCCAAGUGCUUCCACAGCAUGCCCCUAUUCAAAUUCAGCCUGUACAGAUCACAUCAUAGGGAGCGUCGCUCAGUUCCUGUAAAUAUGUCCAGCAGUACGAGGAGAAGAAAUGUUCUUCCCGAUUCUACAAACUGAGUCCCAAUUUUAGCAUCCCGCACCCUGCUGAACCCAAUUUAGAUCACCAUGGAAAUCUAAAUAUGGUUCAGUAGAACCACAGGAGGUCCAGGUACUGCACCAGUAUACGGCCCUAUCAAUGCCAGCAACCAUGAGGGACUCUGUCAUUCCAAAUAAUUUAUUUCCCCAUGUGGAUUUUACCAGCCAAUUUUUUAUUUUUUUUUGUAGGAGGGGUUCUUAAAUGUGCGAGGGGCAUCAAUCCAAUUCAGGCUUUACAAAAUGGUGGAAAUUGCUUUCAUUUCAAUCAUGUGGCUGGGUCUCCUCGCACAUGGAGCCAUAAAACACAGCAUCUUAAAAGGAACCCUCCAGGGAAAACGUAUCCUGUGUUCUAUAUAGAUUAAGAUCUGAAGGGGGAGGAGCGCGACACAAGCAUGCUCACUUUGGUGUUCUUUAAAUUUCUGUCAUGCGCCGCCUCCUCAAAUCCUGAAGGGGUUGUCUCACCUGAGAUGCUAGGAUAUGCCACCAAUGUCAAAUAGGUGCAGGUCCCAACUAUCUCCAGAACAGAACCUCCAAAGUGAUCAGAGAGCAGUCACGCAUGUGCAGACACCCCCCAUUCUUUUCUAUGGGACUGCCAAAAAUAGCAGAGCGUUGGCUCGGCUACCUCCGAAUGGAGUGGGGGCAAUGCUUGCGCAGCCGGUCCCCGUUCCUUUCUAUUGGACUUCCAUAAACAGCCAAGCACGCUUGCUUGGCUAUUCUCGAAAAUCCCAUAGAAAUUAAUGGAAAUCACGCCACACAUGCGCAGUGUGCUCUCCUUCACUUUAAGGGGGCCCAUUCUGGAGACAGGUGCAGGUCCCAGAGGUGGGACCCGUACCUAUCUGACAUUGGUGGCCUAUCAUAGAGAUAUUUCAUCAUUGUCCCAAAUGAGACAACCCCUUUAACAGUAUUGAUUGUUUUCCCAGAGCGUUCCUGUAACCACCCGCUAAGGGCAUGUUCACAUGCGGUGCAUACGCUGUGGAUUUGUGAGCGGAGAAUCUGCAGCGUAUUCCAGUGGCCGCCAAGCGGAUACCAUUUGUUUAAAUUUCAUCCACUCUGUUGUUCAAUUUACGGUGCAGAUUUCCAGCCUUUGCGAUGCUUAAGUUACUGCGGCAAUUCUGCAGAGAAUGCCCCCCUUAUACCCUGAGGCAAGAUCCCUUUCCCCCUUGCCACUGCCAAGGCACCAGUAGACAUCCCAAUGUCUUUACCCAUCCAAGAAUAUCCUCAAAUAUUGAACAAAACUAUCUUAGCGCCCUUUACAGAAAAGCAGAGGAAAACGUGAAUUGUCACCGCUGCAUGAAGAAGGGACACGUAACCUAAAAUGAAGCCUCGGGGAUUCCCAGCACAUUGCACUGUGUAGUAUUACUGCCAUAAGCCCAUAGUAUCGUUUGCACCCUUUGCUGAACAAGCCGCUCCUUUUCAUGCUAUGAUAGGAACCAUUUUCACAUUGAAACCGGUUUCUGUUGUCAAGAUCUUGCUGUGUGGGUUAUAGGGAACAAAAAAAUAUCAUGGGCCCCACCAAUAAUCCUAUACAGUCCUGAUUAAAAGUUUAAGACCACUUGAAAAAUGGCAAAAAAAUCCUAUUUAGCA